AUGGGCCGCCUCCACCAGGCCGACCCCCCUGCAUCACCGUCGCACUCCCUUCGUUCAUUUGAUGACGCGCCUCCUCCAUACACAGAUAACACCGAGCCCAUUAUCGCCCCUGACCGGUCUGUCCGAGCCAUCCAGCCUGUCCAACCUGCCCAGCCUCCCACAAGCAUCCGACCCCUCCGUCUAAUCGACUCAGCCUAUGUUUUCCCCGGCGGCAAGAAUGCCAAACCCCACGACAAGGCCUUUCUCACCCUCGACCCAGCGCUCUCGAGCGACUGCGACAGGCUCUACAAUGUCAUCAGCCGGCAAAUAAAGCUGCCGCCACGCCCACUGCUCUACAUUCACGGAACCCACACCGAAGUGAGGAGGGGCGAAAAGAAAGAUGAACACUACACAGUCUCAGACUUCCACUUCGCGCUGGAUCUAGCUGAGACCAUGCUGACCGGCUGGGAGGGCGGCAACAUGGGGAUGAACUGGAGGGAAGUCCAGAUCCUCACAGAUGAGGACGUCAAACCCGCGUAUCGGGGAGGGAUCCUUCGCUCAAGCACAUAUAAGCCGCCCAAGUCGCGUGCUGCUAUUAGUCUGUCGGGGGACACCGAUGCCAUUCUGGCCCGAAAUAACGCCGACGAGCAAGACGAUAGCUCUCUAGACGCGAAAAACCUGAUGAUGUGGUGCGAGCGAUUCUGUCGUGACCCCGCCUCUGUGAAAUCGUAA